AUGCUGAUGAAUCUUAAUAACUUUAUGGAGGCUAUUUUACCAAAAACAUCAACACCAACAAAAGAGUUGAAUAAAAGAAAUUAUCCAGGUGGAGGAGAAGAAGAAGACAGCGAAGGAGACAAAUCAACUGAUAACACUUCUAUGCAAAUUGAUGUUGUAAAUUCUUAUGCGAAUAUCUUAUCAUCAGUUGUUAGUCCUAUUAAAAAUGCUACUAUUAUUACUACUCCUACUCCUACUACUGAUACAGAUAUCAGUAGUAACAAUACUAGUAGUAUCAAUGAUAACCAACAACAUAUAGUAAAGAGUAGUGAGUGUAAUAAUUCAUCAAAGAAUAAUAAUAAUAAUAAUGACGUAACUGAAAACAAAGCUAGUAAAGAACCUUUAAAAGGUUAUACACUUAUAAAUAAUCAAGAGAAUUUAGAAACGAAUGAAUUGAAAAUGCGUCUUAUAGCUGCACUCGCGGAUAUGAUACCACAUGAUGAAAGUUUAAGUUUACGCCUGCUUAUGAAUUAUACAAUUGAUGAUCAAGAAAGUGAAUGUGUUGUAAUCGAUGAAACUUUGUGUAAAGGAGUAAAGUAUGAAGAAGGGAACAAUCGAAAUUCAACAAAUUCUCAACUCAAUAAUAAUAAUAAUGAUAGUUAUACAAGCUGUGAAAGUUUGACCAAAGAAAAUCAGUAUCAUGAAUCGAGUAAGGUACUCACCGAAUCUUCGUCUACUCGAAGUAUGUCAUAUGAACCGGAUGCGUUAGAUUUGUCCUUGCAUCCAGAAGCUACAGAAUUAGUUGAUUAUCAUGGAGAACAAUCUUCUACAGAAUCAGCAGAACAUGAUUACAACUUGAAACCGAGGAUUAUGCCUUCAAAUGUUGACGCUAUUCUAAAUGAUAUUAAACCAUCCUUGAGUAUUUGUUCUACAUCAGCUAACUUAAAUACGACGAGAAUGCAAGAAUCAGCAAUGCCAACAGCCAGUUCAACAGCAACAACAACAACAACAGCAACGACAUCAACCCCAGUCAGUCAGAUUCCCCUACUUGAUUCUACUCUACUGGCACUCCUACCAUUACUCCAGCAACAACACCAGCAACAACAAAAUCAACAACAACAACAACAAAAUACAAAUGUUUUAACCUAUCAAAGUGUAUUAAAUCCAAAUUCACUUUCUUUACUAUCCACGCCUAUUCCUGUAUCCACCCCAACAACAUUGACUACAACAAAACAAAAUCCUAUCACUUUUAAUCUGACAGCAAAUACAUCAUCAAAUACAAAUACUAAUCAUUUAUUUUUUAAUCAAUUAUAUUCAUCUAAUGCUGCAACACAUUUUGCACAAAAUAUUCAUCCAUCAACAAACAGUCUACUCACAACAAAUUUAAGUAGUAUACUGCCAAAACAAACAGAAAUAAUAAGUACUACUUCAUCUGGAGGCAUAACCAAUCCUAUUAAUAAUAGUUCAUUAAUGAACAGUGUUAUAAACAAUAAUCAAUCAUUGUUGAAUACAGCCUCUAUUAUCGGCUUUCCAUUGUUUAACCCGUUUUCACUUCAUGGGAAUACAACUUCUACUAUUCCUAGUAAUAAUAAUAACAAUAAUAAUAGUAAUAAUAAUAAUGGUAAUCAUAAUGACCAGUUUAAUGGAAUAUUACAGCCAACAUCAUUUUUAAGCAGUACACCAACAAUAUCACAAGCAUUACUAUCAUCACCUAUGCCUCAAUCGGGUAUUACAUCGUUUAAUUUGAGUCCAGUAAAUACAACAACUACACUGUUCAACCUGAAAGAUAAACAAACAGGUCUGAUUGAAGCUGUAGGCAUUUUACCAAAUAUGAAGAAUUUAAAUCAACCAAUAGCCACAUUGUUAAAUCAAUUGGCGGUUAAUUCAUCUCUAACAUCACCACCACAAUAA